AUGCCAAGCUGGAAAGCGCCGCUCGCGGCGGCAGUGCUGCUGAGCAGCGCAUCGGCCCUCAAGCUGCCCAUCGCCGUCUCCGACAAUGCAGUGCAGCAGCCUCUGAUUGUGCACGAGGGCGUCGAUGCUGUUGCUCCUCCUCUUCUCGUGUCGGACGAUGACAUCGCCGCCUCCGCCGCCUCCUCCACGAAGAAGCCGCUCGUCGACAGCGAGGAGCUUCAGCGCAAGAUCUCCAGCAAGCGCCUGCUCGGCCACGCCAAAGCCCUCUAUGGCAUUGCUCAGCGCGGCUACGCCGAGUACGGCCACCCGACGCGCGUCAUUGGCAGCGGCGGCCACAAUGGCACCCUCGACUACAUCUACUCCAUUGUCUCCGCGCUCGGCGGCGGCAAUCCUGAGGAGGGCAAGGACGGCUACUACCGCGUCUGGAACCAGACCUUCCCGGCCACGACGGGCAACGUCUACGAGUGGCGCCUCGUCCUGAACGAUACCGUUGUCGACAGCCGUCCCAUGGGCCUGACUCCGCCGACAAAGGCCAACCAGCCCGUCUUUGCCCAGCUCGCUCUCGUGGCCAACGACGGCUGCGACGCCGCCGACUACCCCGCCGACGUCAAGGGCGCCAUUGCUCUUAUACAGCGCGGUACGUGUCCCUUUGGCACCAAGUCGGAGCUGGCUGGCAAGGCCGGCGCCGUUGCGGCUGUCGUCUACAACACGGAGGAUGGCCCGCUCAGCGGCACGCUGGGCGCGCCGAACCCGGACCAGAUUGCCACGUUUGGUCUGUCCGGCGCAGAGGGCCGGCCGCUCGCUGCUGCGCUCAAGAAGGGCGCCAGCUACGACGGCAUUGCCUACAUCGACUCGGAGGUGCGCACCAUCAUCACCAAGAACAUCCUGGCCCAGACCGUGGGCGGCGACCCGGAUCACUGUGUCAUGCUGGGCGGCCAUAGUGACAGUGUUGCCGAGGGUCCCGGCAUCAACGACGACGGCUCUGGCAGUCUGACGCUGAUCGAGGUGGCCGCGCAGCUGUCUCACUUCCGCGUCAACAACUGCGUGCGCUUCGCGUGGUGGGCUGCCGAGGAAGAGGGCCUGUUGGGCUCCGACUACUAUGCCGCGUCGCUGUCGCCCGAGGAGAACCUCAAGGUGCGUCUCUUUAUGGACUACGACAUGCUGGCCAGCCCCAACUAUGCCUACCAGGUGUACAACGCUUUGGACAGCGAGAACCCGGCCGGCUCGCAGGCCCUGCGCGACCUGUAUGCCGACUGGUACGCCGCCCACGGCCUCAACUACACCCUGAUCCCCUUUGACGGCCGCAGCGACUACGACGGCUUCAUCCGAGCCGGCAUCCCCGCUGGUGGCAUUGCCACGGGUGCCGAGGGCGUCAAGACCGAGGAAGAGGCUGCGCUGUUUGGUGGCACGGCCGGCGACUGGUACGACCCGUGCUACCACCAGCUGUGCGACGACGUCAGCAAUAUCAACCUGACGGCCUGGGAGCUCAAUGCUCAGCUGGUUGCCCACUCGGUGGCCACGUACGCCGUCUCGUUCGACGGCUUUCCAAGGCGCACGCUGGACGACGUUGCGGCGGCGUCGACUACGUACAGCUCCAACGUCAAGUACCACGGCGGCAAGCUAGUUCUGUAA